GUCCUGGGAUCAUCGAACUGCCCCAGAUCCAACGGCCUGCACGUUGUGUAACCAACUCGAGGAGGAGGCUGGUGGUUGUGACGCGGAGCGAACUCAGCCUGUGUUGUCUUGGAACAUUGCGAGCCCAUGAGGCUGAGGUGAGGAGAUGCGUCCGUGGCCUUGUGAAACAAAAUGGGGCGCACGCCGGAGCCCUCUGUGCAUCUCCAGUUUCAUGAAAAAUGCCUCCCUCCUCUCCGCGCCAAUAUCCGCAUGCGAAAUUUGGCAGUUGUUUUGCACCCCGCAUUGCGAGCAGGCCUCCAAUUCGCUGAUUCGCAACCUCGCGCUUAUUAAUCUUAUCAAUAUCUCAGUUUCAGUUUCCCAGGCUCCCAGCAGCGUAUUCGGUACGGCCGUACGAGCUUGGCGGCGACAAGGAACGCGGGUUAAUAAAACGGCGGACUCUCCAAAUAGAAAGCCGAUGUCGCCCCUGAUGUCAGCAAGCAGAUUGCACUUUUUUUUCACUACUUUGCAGAGGAAACACAGUACGAAGCGUCGAAGAGCAAGAGGGGUCCUACAGUAUCGCCAGGACUUGCUCUUUGGCAGUUGUGCGAUGCUCCUGCGGGGGAUGUGCCAGAUCCCUAAUCAUCAGUUCAUCCCGAUGCCACCUCCUCCACCAACACCAACACCAGCGCUCCACCGUAUUAGCAUAUCUUUUCAAUCUGCAUCUGCGUGCAUUUCGGCAGUUGUCAACUGACUUGCCAACUCAACACCAUCUUAGUAGUACGGCACCAGCCACAGCGCAAAGCUCACACGAGUAAUUGCCAAUCCCUUGCGAAUGUCU